ACAGAAAACUUAAGAUGAAGGCGCAAAAAACGUAUGCAAAGAGCACAAAGAAACACCCGAGAACGCCGAAAGCUUUACUACCGAGCAUAUCCCAUCUUCCUGGUGGCAGCUUACGGCCGAGCCGCCUGGCAAAGCUCAUCAUUGGCGAGGAAAAUGUGGCAAAAUUCCUUCGCUCACUAGAUCUAUUUUAGAUUAAUCCUGCUUUCGUGCGUUUCUACUUGUUUGCUGUGUUGUGCGUCUUCUUCUUGAGCUUUCUCAUUACGCCAGUCUUUCUAUCCGUGGCUGCUUUCGGCUAGCUGCUAGAGAAGAACGUGCAAGAUGUGCAACCUUCUUUGUGGCUGCGGACGUAGAAGAACCCGAACCGGUCUCGGAACCGGCGAUUGCAGAUGGAGCGCCAGCAUCCAGCAGUCUCGGUGCCCCUGAAUUUUUUCCCACACGACUCUGUUGUAAUUAUUCUCGUAGGCUUUAAAUGAGUCUGAGGCUCCGGGAAGUAAUGUGCUCUUUGUUUAGAAAGGACAUUUGUCGGGGCUGGGAUUUGGAGAAGCGAAUAAUGCGUUUUCGUUGAGUGAAUGUCACAAAUCGGAUUGAGAGUAUUAAGCAUCAAUGAAAGACCGUAAGGCUCUCUGUGUACACCGAGAGUCGCUCUUUGUACUGGGCAGAACAACGUUUAGAUGGCGAUAGGUGGCAAUUACUUGGAGGCAUCGGAUGUCUAGCUUUAAUUUUUUUUAGUGGGGAAGGAAUCCCGAGUGUACGGAGUGAAGCUUUUUGCGUAAGUGCUGUGUGAGUGUGAGGCGCGUGUAUUUAGAAAAAAAAGCUGCUUGGAUGUGAGCGUUGGUGUGUGGUGGGUUUUGUUGAUGUGUGCCGCCAUUACUUCCCACGCGCGCAUGGAAGUGUGGCGAAGGUUCGGUGCGUAGUGAACGAAAACCGGGAGUGUUCUCAAGAGGAAGAGAGCGGCUUAUCACAACAUAAAAAAGCCAGUCAUUUUCCGGCCGGAAGUGCGGUUAAUUGUGUGUGCGUGCGUGCGUGUGUGUGAGGGUUUGUUGUUGCCAAACCCUCCCGAGGGAAGUGAGGUUAGGGAAAUCGAUAGAAGCGUACGUACACGGAAAGGGGAACCCCCUGCGCCAGACCGGUAAGGAUGGCGGUCAGCAACAUCGUGUGCGAGUGGUUGCGCGCCCUCGGGCUGGGCCAGUACGCGGAAAGCUUUCUCGACAAUGGAUACGACGAUCUGGAGAUCUGCAAGCAGGUUGGCGAUCCGGACCUCGAUGCGAUCGGUGUGCAGAAUCCGGCCCACCGGAGCAAGCUGCUCAAAAGUGUGCGGCUGCUCCGGGAGAAAGGUGCGGCCAGCGUGUACUUCCAGCUGAACGAUCCGAAAUCGCUGCUGUCCGACAACAGUGACAGCCUGGAGCGUGACAGUUCACCGCUGAUGCUGAGCGAGCUGGAGGCAUUGCUGCAGGAGCAGCUCAAGGCGGACGGCGUUUGUCUGACGGCACAUCCAUACUCCACACCGGACGGUGCACGAGGCCACCUGGAAGGGCUCGCAUCGGUGUACUGUGAAAUGUUGCUCGCCCCGUUCGGUGAGGUCCUUUCGGCGCUGGAGGAAGCACGACAGCGGGCCUGGUCGGAACGGAGUCCCCACAGUUCGUCCGGUGGCGGUGGCGGACUGAUACGGGGCCAUCGAGGCAAUUCGUGCCACGGCGGUUUGCCCAACAGCCACAGCCAGCCCAUCUACGUGCCCGGCAAAUAUUCGCCCUCCAGCUGCCUGUCCGAUAAGGAGGAGGACGAAAUUUAUGGAUUCGGGUACGGCGUGUUCGCUCCAAGGGUGGCCAGAACGACCCUACAGUCACAGCAAGGGCAACAGCAGCAACAGCAGCAGCAACAGCAACAGCAGCAACAACAGCAACAACCCCAGCCACAACAAUCACAAACCUCCGCCAAUGUACCUGCCAACAGUGCUGCUGUUCAGCAAAGCUGCCUCAGCCCACGCUCAGCGUACUUCUACGAAUUUCCACCAACGGACGGCCGUGAGACCAGCAAAAAGCGUACCACCCUGGCGAGGCUCUUGAGAGGACUAAAGACUGUAAAUAGGCGUGAUAGAUCGAAUCAAAACACCACCGGCGGCACUGCAACGCAGUCAAGGUCACAGAACGAAAGACUGAGACACUUCCAAAUGAAUGGCGGUGGACCGCAACCAAGUUUCGAAGAAACCAUACAGAGGCUAAAAAUACAGGAAGCACUUCGGAAGAAGGAAAAAUUUCAACGCGAGCACGAAGAGAUACUCCGAGACAUUCGGCAAGGUUUGCUGCAGCUUAGCAGAGACUCGAGAGACGACACGUACAUGUACGACGAUGCGGUAACGAAUGUGAUGCGAAUGCCUCAUCACCAAGGUCACUGGUACGAUGAGCCACCGUACGAAAGCGAUCCGGACGACUUCCUGAUGUCCGGCAUGCGGCAAAUCGGUGCCGCCGGGUACGCGGGCGAUGGUGGAGGAGGUGGCGAUAGUGGUGGAGGACCAAGUGCUACCAUACAGGGUGGUCGCGUCUGCUACAGCACGAACGGGCGGGAAGGACAGAGUGUGAUAUCGUUGCGGUCCGCGGGUGACAUUUCCAUACCGCAGCGGGGUCCACGGCGGGGCUUGAUCGUACCCCAGCAACCACCGAACCCUCCAACCAUUAUACCCCUCAAACAUGCCCGAUCGCACGAUCGGGAAAGCGGAGAUUAUGCCGGUUCAAUAUCGGAUCUACACAGCGUUACCUCCCGGUUGAGCCAGGUUUCGAUCGGAAUGAAUAACUGCACCGCCCGCUAUCGAACGCUCAGUGCCGGACUGGGUGACGAAUCACCGUCCCCAUCGCCCACACCAUCCUCCGAGUACGAUGACAUCCUGCAAGCGAACGCACUGCAGCUCCAGAAGCAUCUGCACCACCAUCAGCAGCUGAAGCGGCUGGAAGGGCAGUGCGGUGGCGUUGGGCUCCCGGGGCAACCCGGGUCAACAUCCGGGCUCAUCGGCAGUGCGACAUCGCUGGUGCCGGCAGCAGGGUCGUCCGCAGCAGUAUCAGCAGCAACGGCAGCAGCAGCAACGGCGACAGUUGGCAUUAGCUCGGUGGGAAACACAUCCGGCACCGUUGGUGGUAGUAUAGCGCUCGCAUCCGGUGGUGCAUCCGGUGUCAAUCUGCCAACGCUGCUCGGCGGUACGGCCGACAUCAGUAGCGCCAGCACGAGCAACAGCACUACCACCACCAAUGGCAGCGGCAAUAGUAGCAGCAGCGCGAGCAGCAACAACAGCACCAGUACAAAAAACACCGUCAACAAUCUGAAAAGCCUGAAGGCGGCCAAAAACAGGAACAAUCUCACGUCGUCCCUGACGGCGGCCGCGUCGUCAGCGGCAGUCUCGCACAACAAUAAAAAUUUAAGCAUAAGUCAACAGAUAGCUUUAGUACAUCACUCUAAUGACGCUCGAACAUCGCCAAAGGAUCAUCUACUGUUCGGUGGAGCGGAUCGCAACAAUCGUGAUUACAGUAACUGUUUGGAUAGUAUCAGCGACCAAACGUUCCAGCAUUCGGCCAGUUCGGUCGAAAGCUUACCGAGUGCAUCCGGAUCAAGCACCCAAGCUCUGGUGCGUCCAGGCAGUCCGCACAGUUCCCUGUCGGCGGAGGAUCGCACCACCAUGCUACCGAUCUGCAGAGCGAUCGCACUGGUCGAUAGUUGCCCGAGCCCGUACGACAAGGAAGCGCUCCGGUUUAAGAAAGGAGACAUCAUUGACGUGCUCUCGAUGAAUGCGUCCGGCGUAUGGCGAGGCUACGCGAACGGUCGGUUAGGACACUUUAAGUUCAUUAGCGUCGAAGUGUUACCCGAUCUUCCCACGACCGGUUUAAAGGGAUACGGUGGAAAGCUGGUCAGCCGACACCGUCUACCAACGAGCUGUCCGACCAGUGUCGAGGAACUGCUUCUUCGAAUCGGCCUAAAAGAGUACACGUCCGUGUUUGUGCUCAACGGGUACGAAGACCUGGAGCUGUUCAAGGAACUGGAACCGUCCGAUUUAGAUUACCUAGGCAUUGGCAAUACGGAGCAUCGGGCAAAGAUACUGGCCGCCGUUCAGCUGCUGCACGAUUUGGACUCAACGUCCGACGGUGAUGUGGCCGGGUCUAGCUCGGAAAACGAUGAAGGCCUGCGGUUGAACCACGUCAACUGUUCCAGCGGGCUCGGCGGUGGACUGAGCGGUGGCAGCGGCAGUACGACGCGGAGUAGUGGAGACCACCAGACGUCACCGUUCGGCCGAAGGCACUUUCCACGGGAUUCCGGUUGCUACGAAGGUUCACCGGUGCCGUCAUCGCAAGGCUCGCACAAUCCACAUUCCUACCAGCAGCUGCAGCAACAGCAGCAGCAACUGCACCAUCUUCAGCAACAAUCGCACAACAACGGUCAACCGGUGCAACAGUCACAGCAGCAACACACCAGCAUGGCGACGCUAAUGGCGGCGCAUCAUCACCAUCACCAUCAUCACCAUCACCUGUCCGACAACGAAACGAACAACCUGGACUCGGUCGUUGCCCAGUGCUCGAACGAAAUACUGAAGCGGGUCGAGUCGGCCCGCCGGUUCAACGGGACGACCGAGCGUGGCUCGUCGCAAACCAUGAACAGUCGGACGAUGUCGGCGAAAAAGGGUGGACUGCUCGGUGGUGGUGGUGGUGGCGGCAGUGAUGGGGGCGGUGGCAUGGUGAUGGUUGGUGGUGGCGGUGGUGUCGGUAGCGUUACGGGGGGCAGUAGCGGGGGAGCGCUGAGUGAAAAGUCGAGCGAUUCCGGUGUCAGCAGUAGCAGCCUAUCGUCCGGUCCUGCCAAGGGUAGCGGUGGUCUCUAGCGGCCGGCGGCCUGUGCGACAAUGAUGACCACGUACGAAGAUGCGACCGUGCGGAUGCUUUCGUGCUGUCCUUCGUUGCUACCGCCGGAGCUGUUCGAAGGCACGGAACGAAGCCUUACCGCCGGCAUCGAACGGUAAGUGGGUGUGAGUGAGUGUGAUAAGCGCGCGAGGUCGGCUGUGUUGGAGUUAGUGUGUUAAGGAAAGCACAACACGCACAAACCUUUAGUUCUACCACGUUCUUAGUAUGAUAAGUUCCGAAAAGCAUCGGCAGUGCAGUGAUUUACGCGGGAACCAGAUUCGUUGUAGUACCACCAAUUGCGCUCUACACUGCCAAAGGAAGUGUUCCAGUCGCCGGAAAGAGAGGGAGAGAGAGAGCGAUAGAGUGACCAGAACCGAACAAAGACGUGUGAGACAUAUAAAAUGGUCGUAACGUGAUGACGAGCGACAGCUUCAAUCAGUCAAGCGGGACAGAAAAAAACAAGGACUGUCCAUCUAUAUUGUGAUGUGUUUCGAGUGCAAGCCGUAACCGGGCCUUGCUGUGAUGUGCGGAGUGUGCGUGAACCAGAUUAGUAUCGGAGGGGACAUCCUGGUCCUUCGCGGAGGAACCCAGGCACGAUACAUUGUGAUUUGUGAUUGUUAUUGAUGGUUGUUGACGUGCGCGAAUGUGUGUCUCUCGGUGCGUGUGUCUGUACGUGUGCAGGAGAAUCGAUUCGCAAAUCGAUACGGAACCGACAUAGAACUGGCAUCGAAAAGGUAUAGUGAGCGGGAAGGGGAAACUGGGGGAGAGUAAAUGAGGGGAGGAAUGGAAAAUUUGUGAUAUUUUUGACAAACGGAAACCAGACAAAUGAACUACACAACACACGGUAGAAGCAAAACAAAAAACCAACGGAAACAGAAACGAACAAACGAACGAACCAUUCGAUUGCAUUAUAUUAUAUUAAGGAUGGCACCGAACGGCAGACGAAACGCAGGCCAACCAAAUGCAAAUAGAAGCUGAAUCAGAUAAAAUAGAUGUUAACAGCGCGAGAGCCAGGACAAAGAAACCAAGAGAAACUAUUAAUUACUACUGCUAGUACCAUUAUGCACGUUGUCAGUUACGAUUUUGUUGAUAUUAGGUUAUGGAAGGUAGGGAGAGAAGGACAGGGAAGUGAAGGACUUUGAAACCCCCCGGGGCCCUAAAUCAUCAGUGUUGUCACCUGGUGCCGGGAGGUACACUGAUUGCUGUUAUUCAUUCGUUGAUUUAAACCAACCAAUCCUUCCACUGUUCGAACGUUUGUUGAACGUUUUCACCGAAAAAAAACCCCCCAAAUACUCCACAGGGGUUGAUUGCGCAAAAUGCGGCACACAAGAACACAAGGACUUAAAAUCGAAUCAAACUACUAUCGGAAGAUUGAACGUUUGUCAUUAGAUAAUCUCGUAAUAGUGUGCGUGCAUAUUCGAAUGAGAAUGAUUGUAAAUUCUAGUACAGAUUUAAACGUAUUAAAACCGGAAAGCAAUAGCUCGGUAGAACGCGGAUAGGACAGCAGCAGCAGAGUUGGUGGUGUUAAGCUUAAACAAUCAAAAACUUUAACCAACGAAACAAAACAACAAAACCAACCUUAUCAACGCGCCUUUCCAAUCAACUUCCUUCGCUAGUGUACAUACUCUACGCGGUAAGAACGCUUCGUCUAGGGGGAAGCGGAUCUGUUCCACGUCGUUAUUUUACAUAGUAGCAUAAUUUAGCAUAACCGCGGUCAGCGUGACUGCCGGGAAAGGUCCGGCCGAGAUCGGGUUGGGCUGUUGGAACAUAUGGUGUGUUGAGAUUGGGGCCCGCUCGAGGAGGAAUGCAUUCCACUAACACACACACACACAAGUCAAUAUUUUUAAGAAACCCAAGUUCGAUUCGCUAACCGCUUGACUAUAGUCUGAGUCCUUAAUUUCCCUGAGGAGGAUGAGGAAAGAAAAAAGAACAAUGUCCCACAUCGGUGGUAAAAAAGAAACCGGGCAACUUAAAUUAUCUUCAAACACAAAUUUUAAUCCUCGUUACGAUCCAUUCACUGAAAUGUCUCUUGGAAAAUGGAAGGAAAAAUUUAAUGGAAAAAACAAUUUAGCAAAUAUUUAAAUCAUGGUGAUAAGUGAACAAUUCGAAGUAAGUGAAACGAAACAAAAAAUGGAGAAGAAAAGAACAGAAGAACAUCAUAUCGAUUUAGUAACGAAAAAGGAAACAAAAAUUCUAGCCAAAACCAAACCAAAUCACUUAAUGCGUAGUAUGAGUUUUAGAAAAUCGAACAUAACAGAUAAAAUUGUAUUGCUAAAAACGCGCGAAAAAAGAAAAGAGAGGAGAAAACAAACUCUCGACGUAAAAAUUUGAAUGAAGAAAAAUUUAAACCUUAAACCACGGUUAGGACAAUUCUGAACACACAUGACCGCUCUCAAAGACAUGGUCAGGGUUUCAUUAAGAGUGUAAUUUAAUGUAAAGUAAACACACGGGAAGGAGCAAAAUCAUACGAAAAAUGUAAUGGAAGAUGUUUGAAAGGAUUCAAGGAACGAAAAGCAUUCGAGCAUAUUAUGUGAUUGUGUCCUUCGAGUGAAUGUGAGCUUUUUUUUUGGGGGGCAAAACCCCCCGUUCGGGACGAUAAAAACAAGUGAAAAUCAUGCAUACGCUACGUUCAUUUUCCAUCGAGCCUCUCUAACCGAUGGAAUAUCUCGCUUGCUCAGACAGUCCUGUCCAUAGGUCCGUUGACAGGAAGAAACACGUGGCCAACAAAGCCAACCGAAUGGAGAGAGAGCUACAUACCGGAAGAAUGAAGAGAAUCGUAUCGCAAAUAUUUAUGAAUGA